AUGCCUGAAUCAUCGGAUGAAUCCGCUACCGAGGGCGUUGGCCUUCUCCAAAACGAUGCAUCUGACUCGGAAAGCUCCGUCGGCUCCGGGUCCGAACGAGGCAACGGCUUGCUCGACCUUGAGGCAUCUGAGUCUGGCGACAGCGAUUCCGACUCGAGCGAUGAUGCAUCUGACUCCGAAUCAGACGACGAUUCUACUCUAGGAGGAGGCGGCCGGCGAGGGCCCAAGGCUGUCUUCACGCAGUUCAAGAAGUUGCCCAUCGAGCUGCGCCAUCGCAUCUGGGAACUUUUUUGUCCCGACCUGCAUCCAUCACCACGCGUUCUGUCCUUCCAGAUGGUCUGCAACCCCAAGCAAGACGUUAUCUGGGAAAACACGACCCUGGAGAACCAAAUCCAUCCCGUUCAUGCAAUGCUUGGCGUACAUCAAGAGAGUCGUCAGAUCGCGCUCAAGGCCUUCCCUGACACGCUGUCCAUCCGCCAAGGUCGCCGCACUAUUUAUUUCAACAAGGAGCGAGACAUAGUGCAGUUGAAUGGCCACAGAAAACCUUGGAGUCACAACGCCUUUGUCUCCGGCUUUUCAGAGAAUGUGCUUCAUCUGGCGGCCGAAGUCCCCUUUUUCAACGCAAUGGAAAUGCAAUUCUUGACGACUUUCCCAAAUCUCAUCAACUUCUACAAACUCGAAUGGCACAACGAAGGCCGCCCCCCGCGUAGACUGCGGUGGUGCGCAUCGGAGAACGUCCACCGCUACGAGCUUCAGCAGCUGCAGAAAGAUUUCCGCGUGGGCGAAGAUCUGCAUUUCGUGUACUGUUGGCCGGAUAUCGUCAAGCACAGAACAUUUGCCGAGAAGCACGCGUCUGAGAUGGAGGAAGCUGCAGAGGCUUUGGAAGAAAUCGAGGAGAUUCGAGAGGAUGACGAGGACCUUGAGGAUAUAAUUGACGACCAAGUUUUGGACAAGCUCCGAGGCAUCAGCUACUGGCGAAUGACGUGUUUCGGUUGGGAUGCCGCAGACCGAUUUCCUGCUUUUCUGGCCAAGUACGGCGACGCACCAGACGACGCACCCAGUGAGGGCGAUGAAGACGAGAAGGAUGGAUCUUCAGACGAGGACGACGACUCAGAUCAGAAUGAGUAUGAGAGCGACGGUAUCGACGACGCCACCAUCGAUGAAGAGUCUAUUGACGAGGACGAGGACGACCUCUUAGUGAACAACCAGCAGGAAAGCGAAGACGAAGAAGACGGUGGUGCUUCAGACUUUGGCGGAUUCUCCCCACUCAGGGAUGAGGGUGGCAGCAUGUUUGUUGAUGGCGAUGCGAGCGCUGCACAGUUCUCGAGUCCCGAGCCGGAAACAAAUGGAAACAUUCAGCGCCAAUGCCGCGGCCACGCCAUCAUAGAUUCAGACGAGGAGGAGGAGGAAGACGAAGACAGGGGUGCAGAAGAGCCGGCCCGCGCUAUUCGUCGUGCCCCGGUUGUGGUGUCAGAUGAUGAAGAGGAAGAGGAAGAGGAUAAACCUUCUCAGCGCGCCGGUCGACCUCGUCGCGUUGUUCUUUCCGACGACGAAGACGAGGAUGAAGAGGACGAGACAGCUAAAACUGCACGACCUGCAGGCCGUCGGUAUAGGAUGCCGCCCUCCGACGAGGAGGAUGAAGACGAAGAUGAGGGCGGAGCUGAAGUCAUAACUGCCGAGGACGAGGGUGCAAACAAACCGCUAUCUCUCGCUGAAAGGCUACAACGCAAUCGCCGACAGAACCCAGUAUCAGACGAGGGUGAAUCGGAGGAAGAAGAGAGUUCGGAGGAGGAAGAGCAACCGCCGCCGAAAAAGAUGUCACUCGCUGCGAAACUCAUGGCCCAUCGCAGGAAGAACCCGAUUGAGUCUGAGUCAGAAGGUGACUCUGAGGGUACCAUUGGCGAUGAUGACGACGAUCUCGAUGACGAUGAAGAACAUGAAGAUGAGGAGAGCGGGAUGUUUAUGAACAUGGCCGAAGAGGGCGAGUCUGACGAGGAGCAGGAUGAGGACGAUUAUUAG